CUUUCUUUUAUUACCUUUAGUGAUGGGACAACAUACUAGUAAACAUCACGCGCCUCUUACUUUUGGAUAUGUUAAUAAUACUCAGUCUUCACAAGAUGAUACCGAGUCUAACAAUGCUCCAGGUCCAACAAACCCCAACAACUUGAUACCCGAUUAUGUGUUGAACCAUCCUGAACUAUAUAAACUGGAACUGAUGUGUCAAUGUACAAAUGAACGAAAAACAACAAAACAAGGUACAUCUAUCAAUACUAACGAAGAAUGGAUUGUGGCUACUCAUCAACAGGAAUGUCGUACUUGUAGACAAAAUAAGCGCAUGUCUCUUGUUCGUCACCAUCUCGCUAAAGACCUUGAAUAUAUUGAUGAAACUUACUAUUCUGGUAUCAACCACUAUGAGAACAACAGAGACGGACAUAUAUCAACGAAUAGAAUGGAUCAAUCAACGAACCAACAACAACAAAUCAAUCCAUCUUCUUUCUUAUCAAAUACUGUUACCAUUCACAAUAAUAAUAAUACCAACGAUGAUGAUGAUGAUGAUGAUGAUAUCAAUGAAAACUGGGCCAAAAUCACUGUAGGUGAAGUGACAUCUCAAGCAAUGCGGAAUACAACUUCGACAGGUGGUGGUGGUGCUGAAACUCGAGGUGACUCAUCUACUUCUAUGGGUACAAGAAUCUCCUCUCAAUCAACCUCUUUUACAUUGGAUUUAUCCGGUCGUUCUUUGGUGAAAUUAAGUUCUAGCAUUGGAUACCUUAGUAAUUUGACCAAACUCAAUCUAUCGGGUAAUCAAUUAUCAAGUCUACCCAAGUCCAUCGGUUAUCUCAAUAAUCUCACGGUCCUCAAUACAUCUAACAAUCAAAUUGAAUCUUUGCCUGAUACCAUGAUAUACUUGACAAAAUUGAAAGCUAUCAAUAUUAGUCAUAACAAAUUGACUGGUCUUACUCCAUCUUUGGGUUCCUUACCUGAAUUGAUCAUCAUCAUUGCCAACGACAACCACAUCAAAUAUGUUCCUCCUGAAAUCUCCAAGUUGCAAGACAUGAUCUCUUUCAACAUCAGCAACAAUCCUCUUCAGUAUCUUCCUGCUGAAAUCGCCAAUAUCAAAUCACUACGAAAACUCAUUGCGGAUGGAUGCGACUUUCAAACUGAAUUUAUACACAAACGUCAGCAUGAUCCACCUUCUUUAUUUGAACAAUGUGCUCGUGCCAUCGUACAGCAUCAAAUUCCUCUUCCAUCCUAUAUCGCUGAUCAUAUCAAGGAUUAUCUCUCCACUCAUCAAGAAUGCUCUUACUGUCAUGGACCUUACUUUGAAUCAUUUGUUCGUAGGACUCGGUUUAUUGAACGUGUGACUCGACAACCCAUUGCUUUAGAGUAUCGUCUAUGUCGUGCACAUUGGGAUGAUGAUCAAGAUCGUUUAUUGAAUCUGUUUUCUACUCCAUGCUCAUUACCGGUAUCUUCACCAUCAGCAACUACUAUUACAACAACAAGAACGGCUAUGGCUCCAUCGAAUGUGUCUAUGUCAGAAUCAUCAUCAACUUCUAAUAUUGUGGCAUUAGGUUCUCGAAAACGAUCUGGAAGCAACUCAAGCACCUUAUCAUCAUCAUCAUCUUAUCGAUUUAUUCCGUCGUUACCUCCUUUACCAAGUGUGAACUCUUCCAACAAUGCAAGUGCUUCAUCCUCUGUCUCCACACCAUCAUCAUCAAGAUCGGCUUCACCAGCAUCAACCCCAAUUUUAGCAUUAUCACCAUCAUCAUCAUCAUCAUCAUUAUCUUCAAACCAGCAACAGCGAUUUCUUCGUUCAACUAGACCACGGUCAAACUCUUCAACUUCUAUCACAAAACGAUUUGUUCACUUUUUAUCACCAUCCAAGAGUAGCGGCAAUUUGAUGUCAAGAUCUCGUAGUCAUUCUUGUCUGCGCCAAGAAAUCAUUGUCUCAUCAUCCUCUCAACAACAACAACAACAGCAACAACAGCAACAAAAUCCUGAUACGAUUGAUCUUUCUCCUGGUGAGGAAGAAGAUAUUUUACCACCAUCACCUGUAGACUCAGCAUACCACGGCGAACAGCAACAACAACAACAACAACAACAACAGCAACAAAAUGAAACAGCAUCACCCACUGUAGUACUGGAUACUACCAAUCAUAUCACCAAUCAAUCAUAUCAACCUUCUCGUCUCCAUAUGUUAGGAUCUAACCGGGCAGGAGUGUUACCAACGACAGAGGAAUCUAUGACUAUGGAUGAAAGGCAACAACAACAAAUGAAUCUCACUCAUCAGGGUAACAAUAUCAUUAAUGGCAACAACUCGAUGGAAAAAAUGUCAGAACAACAUCAUCAGUGUCGAUUAUCCGUGUCACAUCCAGUUCCAAUACAUGCAACCUUGGCGUAA